UAUUCAACACUUAAGCAGUCACCGUAGAGUGGGAGAAAAGGACACUACAGAUUUAUUACCACCGUGCUGGAUUAUACCUUGACUACAAAAACACUCAGAUAUACUGAGUCGUGUGCAGAUACAGUUGGUCCACUGCUGUGGCAUUUAGAGCAGAUCUUCAGAAAUAUGCCAACAACCUCACAGUUGGUAUGAAACCCAAAGAUGCGGUGCCCUCAGUGACAGUUAAGAUCUUCGGUGCAGGCACCGCUGCCUGCAUUGCUGACCUUGUCACUUUUCCAUUGGAUACGGCUAAAGUUAGACUACAGAUUCAAGGAGAGUCACAGAAAGCUGAAGGGGCCAAAGCUAUGAAGUAUCGUGGAGUUUUUGGCACCAUUUCCACAAUGGUGCGAACAGAAGGGCCUAGGAGCCUUUACAAUGGACUGGUGGCAGGACUCCAGAGGCAGCUAAGCUUUGCUUCCAUCCGAAUUGGUCUUUAUGACUCCAUGAAGCAAUUUUACACCCGAGGCUCUGACAGUGCGGGGAUUGGUAUUCGGCUCAUGGCAGGCUGUACCACAGGAGCCAUGGCAGUGGCUGUUGCCCAACCAACAGAUGUGGUGAAGGUGCGUUUCCAAGCUCAGAUACGAUUGGUUGACGGCGGGAAGAAAUACAAUGGGACCUUGGAUGCCUACAAGACGAUUGCCCGAGAUGAGGGAGUGCGUGGCCUUUGGAAAGGUUGUAUGCCCAAUAUUAGCCGCAAUGCUAUUGUAAACUGUGCGGAGCUGGUAACCUAUGACAUGAUCAAAGACCUCAUCUUGAAGUAUGAUCUAAUGACAUGGUGAGAUAACCUGCCGUGCCACUUCACAGCUGCCUUCGGCGCCGGCUUUUGCACUACAGUUGUGGCGUCUCCGGAUGUAGUUAAAACACGGUUCAUGAACUCAGGGAUGUGCCAGUACAGCGGUGCUGGGAACUGUGCGAUCAUGAUGCUGAGAAAUGAAGGACAUGCCUUCUAUAAAGGGUUUAUGCCUUCUUUCCUCCGACUGGGGUCCUGGAACAUCGUGAUGUUUGUGACAUAUGAGCAAAUUAAACGUGGUAUGACCAGGAUGCAGCUCUGGGAGUCACCAUUCUGA